AAUCCACGUGAUGUUUUAAAGGGGAAGAACAAGAAUUUAUACUGUGUUUUCUCUUUACGACUUUCUCUUUCUAUUCGCGCACCAAGGAGAGACUUGUCUUUGUUCUCAUAAAUAUAAUUUCUCAUCCAACAAGAAAAUUUGGAGAUUUAGUAAGUGCAAACGACUGGGUACUAUACAGAGAGGAAAUCAUGAGCUGUAGCGGGUAUCAGUAUAUGACAGUUUUUUUAACAAGUUUUGUAAUCAUGCUUCAAGCCAAGCCAAACUGCGAAAAGACUACAGGGCUCACUCAACAGCUCAGGCGAUUCUCUGCAGAACAUGUUAAAAUAAAUAAAGAGGACACUCAUCAAACCAAGCAUCUGGUGGAUAGCUACCUAAAAAAUGGCGUUUUACGAUAUAUCUUUGAUAACUCACAACCCCUUGCCAUCAGCAAGCUAGAAUACACAGGAAGCCUUUAUGAGAGACUUAAAACUGAAGCAGCUGAUGAGGUGGAUGUCAUGGUAGUAUUACAGACAGACAAACAGGAAGUAAUACUAGAGGAUGCUGGGGUCCCGGGGUUUGUGCUGCUGAAGUUAUUAAAAGAUGAUUCACCACUUAAAAAGUAUACAAACACAGAUGGUUAUAUUAUCCCUGACAAGCUGCGAGCAAGUUGGUUCUUUGGCCUUGUUCAGAAGGCAGUUAAUGAACUUGUAUUACAAGGUGAGAUGAAAGUUAGAUCACACGGCCCAGCGGUACAGCUGGAUAUCACAGACAGCAACUCAGGAAAGAAGCUGUCAGCUGACUUGGUCCCAACCUUCCAGAUUGGUACCAUAGACUACUUUGUUGCAAAGUCCUAUACAGGAAGUAUAGUUCCUGCCUGUGAUUGUAAGCUUCUCUGGCGAAAGUCAUUCUCACUGAUGGAGAAGGCAAGACUGCAAGAAAUGGAUAAAGAGGACCAUGGAUGCAGGCAUGAGCUUCUCCGAAUUAUCAAGAGCAUCAUUAGGGGGGAGGCAACCUUUGCUAAAUUGAAAAGCUACCAUUUGAAGACAGCAUUUUUGAGGUACAAUAGCAAUUCAAAGGUUUCGUGGGAUAAAGACCAGCUUGGGGAGAGGUUUAUUGAGUAUCUGGAAUCGCUUUAUGCUGCUGUAAAUAGCAAGAAUAUGAAUCACUUCUGGGUUGAAGGAAUCAACCUCUUGGAUAAUAUACCAAGUAAAACUCUGGAAAACAUGGCUGAUAGGCUGCGAAAGAUUUUGGAUAGUGACAAAGAAAGGAAUAAAGUCCUUAAAUGUCAAAUUCCAGUUUCGAUGGCUACAAAUGACAACAGAGCUGAAAACUGUCCAGUCACAUCACCAGGGAAACCAAAGCCAAUUCAGCUUGAUAUGCAACAAACUCCAACAGAUCUUUUACAAGUCUUGCGCAGAUUUCUUGACAGCCUGGGUACAGUUCUCAGUGAAGAUGCAAAGUGGUCUAAGGAAGUUAUUGAGCAGGUUGUGAAAGAUGGAUUGCUGAAAUACUGCAAGGAGAAAUCUGAUGUCGAUCUCCUCAGUAAAUUUGAAUAUGGUGGGAGUUUGUUUGAAAAUUUGAAAACUAAACACUCUGAUGGAGAUGAUGCUGUUAUCCUCCUUGUCUUAAAAGGAAAAAAAGGCUUCAUUGACUCUGAAGUGAAUGAUGCAGGAUAUGCAGGGAUCAAAGCAACAGAGGGUUCUCCUUAUAAAGAGUUUUCUAAUCCAGAUGGCUUCCUUGUGCCUGUGAAAUUCCAAAACUGGCUUUUCAAGCUGAUUUCCAAAGCUGUGCAGAGCAUUACCAGUAAAGGAGCUUCAACAUUAUCUUUGAAAGCUUCAAACUCCAGUGGUUUGAAAGUUUGCAUCAGUGAGCAGUCUAAGGCUUUGGAGGUUCAGCUUGUGCCCACAUUUCAACUUGACGGUGAGUAUUUUGUACCAUCCUCUUCUCAGCAUGGGUAUCUCCCAACAGGUGUGGCCCAGGACACAGCCUGGAUCAAGUCUUACACCUUGAUGCAGAAGGCUCUCCUUAAAGACAUGGACAAAGACCAAGGGUGUCGGCACAGCUUGUUUAAAGUGGUAAACACAGUUCUCCACAAAGAAGCAACAUUUUCACCCUUGACAUCAUUCCUUCUCAAAAUGUGUCUACUCUGGUACAACAAAACUACUACUGACUGGGGUCAAGACAGCUUAGCUGAGCAUUUUACAGGUUUUGUGACCUUUUUGAGGGAUGCACUUCAAAAGAAAGAGAUUCAACACUUCUGGAUCCAGGAAUUAAACCUGUUGACAAAUAUUUCGCCCAAGACCCUUGAAAACAUGCACACUAGGCUGUCAAGAAUCCUUAACAGUGAACAGGAGAGGAGGAAAAUUCUGAAUAUAUAGAUUGACUUAAACAGAAACUUUAAUUCAGUGUUUUGUGCUUUCUGUGCAGAAUUUGUUCAAUUGUGAAAGACAGAAAUAUUGCAACACAUAAUGCUGAGCUAAUUGAAAUAUUUAGGGAGUAGCUAUCUCACAAAGAAGAAAAACAAUAGUUAAUGGAUUACAUAAUGAUAAAUUUCUUAAUUAUGGAAAAAAUUGCAGGAAAUGAAUAGAACAGCACAAUGCAUGGAGUUCGACAGAAGCUGAAACCAGAGAACUGAUUGCUGUCAAUGCUAAGAUUUGUAGCUGCCUACUUCAUGCUUUAUUUUCUUUGUCCUUCACACCACACAGGCAUUGAGCAAACAGGAAAAAAGUCUCUGUUUUCUCCCUCCCACACCUCAUUGUGUUUGGUAGGUACCCAAGAUCUCUUACUUUGAUUGCACUCGGGACAAUGAUGAAAAAGAAAACUGGGCUUUGGAGAAACUCACAACCCUGUUAAUACCCUGAGAUCAGCAUGCACAUUCUUCAUACUGUUCUCUAUACAUUUCCUGAGGUAUUGACUAGGAGAAUUUGUUCAUCAAUCAGAGCUUGUUUAGUUAGUGACCUUUUCCUUUAUUCUCCUGACUUUAAUGUUUUACUUAGGGGUGUUACUGUAAGGAGAAAUUAGCUUCCAGUCACUCCUAGGAGUCAAAGGGUUAAGGUUAAAAAAAAGUUGUCAAAAACCUGUUAGUGGCACAUUGACUGUGAGCCAGCCCAUCCACUGUUUCAUUGUUGAAUUGAGACUUCAGGUGUUGGAAAAAAGCAACAAGUAAAACAGACAACUAAUUAAAACCAGGUCUAAUCAAUGGAAUGGUUGGCCUGUUCAGACCAAAAGAGGGAAGGAAGAGGAAGGAAAGUAAUGCAAGCACAAAACACAAUUCUUGGGAUUCAUUAAUCUCAAACUUUGCACUUUGUGUUGGCAGAAACUUCCCUUUUUCCCUUCCCUACU